AAAUGUACGCUCCUGCAUGUGUUAUGUCAAUAUUUAUUGCUGCAGAAGCCCUACCUCCCCAACCCACGCCAGCACUCCCACCCCAACCGCCAGCCCCACAACCACAGCCGGCUCCUCAUCAACCAAGGCAACGGAGGCGUGCUAGGCCACCAAUUUUCCGAACCCGUGUCCUACUUUUUGGUAUGCCAGAUGAUGUGGUGGUGCGUAGAUACAGGCUGCCACCACAUCUAAUCCUAGACACUCUCUCCAUAAUAGAGAGUGAUCUGGAGUCUGAAAUUCGGUAUCCUACAGCAAUACCACCAUUGACACAAUUCCUUGCAGUGUUACAUUUUUUGGCUACAGCCUCAUAUCAGCAUGUUGUGGGAGACCUGGUUGGCAUGUCGCAGGGCCAGUUCAGUAAGGUCCUGCGGCGUGUCUGCCAGGCUUUCCUAAAGCGGGUGAAGCAAUUCAUUGAUAUGCCUUUGGAUGUUGGUGCCCUAGAUGUGGUGAAGCGGCAAUUUGAGGAAGGUGGUAGUCGCUUCCCACAUGUUAUUGGGGUUGUGGAUGGCACACAUGUUGCUAUUCAGCCACCAAGACAUAAUGAAGAAAUUUAUAGAAACAGGAAACUGUUUCAUUCUCUGAAUGUAAUGGUUGUUUGUGGGCCAUCCCUCCAGAUCCUUUCCCUGAAUGCAAAAUUUACUGGAAGUUCACAUGAUGCAUAUGUCAUUAGACAAUCAGGGAUAUGGCAGAGAUUAAGAUCAAGUCAACGAGCAGACAUGUGGUUAUUCGGAGACCGUGGAUAUCCUUGCACCCCCUGGCUCAUGACUCCUUACCGUAAUCCCAGGCCAGGACCACAGAUGGCAUUUAACUCCGCGCUUACUGCCACUAGGCAGCUGGUGGAGCGCACAAUUGGUGUCCUUAAAGGGCGGUUUCGUGUGCUCCACCGCACUGGUGGCGACAUCAUGUAUUCGCCGGAGAUGGCAAGUAAAAUAGUGGUCCUGUGCGCAAUACUACAUAAUAUCGCGGUAAGGAGUAGUGUAGAGCUUCCUCAGGCAGAGGAAUUGCCUGAUGAGGAGCCAGGGGUUGUUCGACACUUCGGUGGGGGGAGUGUUACACGGAGGGGGAGCCAAGUGAGGGCAAGGAUUGUUGCCGAAUAUUUCAGCUGAAUGAUCACACGAACUGUGGACAACAACAACGGCACAACUCUCCGCCCCCUUCCCCUUCCCAGUCCCCCUCCCCUUCUCACUCCCCCUCCCCUUCACAGUCCCCCUCCCCUUCCCAGUCCCACUCAGCUUCCCAGUCCCCCUCAUCUUCCCAGUCCCCCUCAUCUUCCCAGUCCCCAUCAGCUUUCCAGUCCCCCUCAGCUUCCCUGGCCCACUCCACUUUCCACUCCCCUUCUCACCACACCUCUCCAUCUCUUUCUGGGACCCCUUCUCCUCCUUCCCAUACCCCUUCUCCUUCAACUUCUACAUCACCAUCUCAACCCCCCUCACCCUCUAUUGCAUUAACUUUCUCUCCGCCCCCCUCGCCCUCUCAAU